UCACCCAGUCACCAUGGACCAGUACAACAGGUGGGUUCACCCAGUCACCAUGGACCAGUACAACAGGUGGGUUCACCCAGUCACCAUGGACCAGUACAACAGGUCUGUUCACCCAGUCACCAUGGACCAGUACAACAGGUCUGUUCACCCAGUCACCAUGGACCAGUACAACAGGUCUGUUCACCCAGUCACCAUGGACCAGUACAACAGGUCUGUUCACCCAGUCACCAUGGACCAGUACAACAGGUCUGUUCACCCAGUCACCAUGGACCAGUACAACAGGUCUGUUCACCCAGUCACCAUGGACCAGUACAACAGGUAGGUUCACUCAAGCAUCAUGCAGUGCUACAACAGGAACGUUCACUCAUUCACCCUCUAGCUGUACAACAGGAACAUUCACUAUUUCACUCAUUAACCAAUACAACAGGAACAUUCACUAUUUCAUUCAUUAACCAAUACAACAGGAACAUUCACUAAUACAACAGGUACAUUCACUCAUUCACCCCCCAGUUGGACAACAGUUCCAUUCACUCAGUCACUCAUUCACCAUCCAGCUGUACAACAGGUGCAUUCACUC